AUGAUGGCCGACCACGCCGCCCCGGACAUUGCCCCUGCUCGUCCACGCGUCGUCGAAGAAGCCGCCGUCAUUCAAGACUCCCCUCAACCUGCCGCGGAGGAUGGGACCCCUUUGCCAGUUCCGCCAUCCUUUGCGUUUCCUGCGUGGAAAGCAGAGCUGGAGUUAAUGCUGCAACGCGGGACGGAGCUGGUGCACGAGAGUGUUCAGGCGCUGCAGGGCGACUUCGACGACCGGUCCCAGUUCGUGCGUGGCGACUUCGCGUGGCGCAAGCAGGUGACGGCUUUCCACGACCGACUGCAAGACGUGCUUACGGAUCAGCUCGGUCUCUUGGCUGAAAGCAUCAGCAAGCACGCAGCACAAGUGGCCGAGAGUCUCGCACAGACUUUGGCCAAAGCGGAGCGGGACGGGCAGCGUGCUAUCCACCAGCAAGAGCAGAAGGGAGAGCUGGCGCUGCGUCGAGCUCGCGCCGCGCUGACCAAGGAAGUCGAGAGGAUAUCGCGCCUGGAAAAGUGUCUGCGCCUCGAAGAAGCACGGCAAGCGGCCGCGAUACUGGUGGAGCGCGAGCGCCAACUCACCACUGAGCAUAAUGCUCGAGAGAGCCACCUUCAGGCGCUGCUAGGCGACAUGCGCUCGUCUAACGAGUCACUUGAAACCCUCAAUUCGCAGCUACUGGAGGCGCUUCGAACUUCGCGCACGGAGCUUGACCAGUUACGAAACACUUUGGUGCGGUCCAUUUCGCGGUCGAAGCGUAGGGGCUCAGUCAAUUCGCAAGGAGACGACAAGAACGCUGGUGUUGAGAGUGCCACUCGGGGAAGCGGAGAGAAGAGCGGGAAGAAUAGUACUGCGUCCCUGCCGUCCACAGCGAACGAACUGCUACUUGUACCGUCGCUCCGACAGUCACUGAGCGCAGCGACGCAGACUGUGGCGAAUCUGAAAUCCCGCGUGAGUGAGCUCGAAAGCGCGCGGGACAGUGACAAGAAGCGGCUACAGGAGUUGCAGCUCGCUCUUGCCCACGCUGAGAACGAGAAACUGAAAGCUACACAGCUGCUAGGCGAAGCCCGGUCGGCGCUCAUCGACAAUGAAAGCAAACUCGUUGAAGCCGCGAACGAAAGCGUGCGGUGGCAGGACAAGUUUGACAGGUUACAGGCCCUAGCGCAGGGUCGGGAGCGCGCACUUGCGGAUUCUCAGAGGCUAGAAAAUGCCACUCGUGAUCAGUUGGCGGUGUUGACGAGUCGGGUGGAACGGGUCGCGACUAUCGAGGCGAGAUGGCGAGAUUUCGAGCGUGCAGUAAAAGAGACCCAGCAGCGCCAGCCAGGAGACGAAGGAGAAGUCUCAGCUUUAAAGAGCGAGAUGGACAAGCUUCAGAGCUUGACGGAGACGCAGAAGGAGCUCGAGAUCCGUCUGCGGUAUGAAUUUGAAAGGCGCUUUGGCGAACAACUUAUCUUGCGGAUAAGUCACGAAAGGCGGCGUGUGCUGGAGCGGCUUGAGCGCAUUUGUGCAGCCGAAGCAAAGGACAAGCAGGAGAAAGGUCAACGUAGACGCCAAAGCUUUUCUCGCGUCCACCAGGGUCUCGAAAGCGACUUCACCCGCCUAAAACGCCUCGUGAAAGCUGCUUACGACCAACUUGGUAUUUGCGUGGGUGCCUGGGCUGAAACGGACUUGGACGGGCUCCAUGCGCGACUGAGUGCGUUUGAGGCCCAGGUGCAGGCCCUUGAACGUGAUUUGGAAGCCGCAGCGAAUCGAGCAGAAGCUCAACGGGUCUCGCUCGUCCGAGCUGAGUUAGCACAGCAGGAGAAGGACCUUCUAUUAGCCGAGUUGACGUCGCGGUACCAGCAGCUACGAGCAGCUCAAGUCGCAUGGGAGCCUUACCAACAACAGUUGGAACAACAGGGUGCACUUCAGCGCCAGUCUAUUGAGCGCAAGCCACUCACUGUGUACGGCCUUCGUCAGCGGCACCUUGCUUAG